UGUGGCCUGUGGCUUUGCAUUUGGAAAGCUGAUUGCCGUUUUGAUAUCUACUCUUGUAGUAAAACGAAGAUAAUAUAAUUUUAAUAAAAAGUAUCGUAAAUAUUACCUGAAAGAAUACUAAAACUGUAAAAAUGGUAUCAAGUGAAGAAGAAGCAGAAACAAAAACUGGGAAUACGAUCGAAUGGGAUGUCGAAAUGGAGAUCCAAUUGUUUUAUGUUAUGGCUCACCAUAAGCCGGUCGGGAUAAACAAACAUUUUCAGAUGGUUUGUAUUUGGGAGGAAUUGUCUAACUGUAUAACAAAAGAGAUAUCAACGCACGAUAUUUGGAAGCAUUUAGAUACUUUGUACGAUAUGGCAAUGUUGGAUGAAACAGAACCGAUACCGUUUCCGAAUCACGAAGUACCGUUUAGUUUACCAGAAAAUGAAUUUGGCGCUUUAAUGAAACAAAAGUGUAAAGACAAUAUGUUGGCUGAUGAUAGUGAAGAUGGCAGAAGCCCAUCACCAAAGUCAUCGACGCCCAAAACUAAUUCUAGAGGGACUGCUUCAAAGGAUGGUACACCAAAAGGUCGUAAGGAUAGCAUAGGCGCCCUUGCUACAAAGACAAGGAAGGAAAGUGGCAGCUCUCACGCGUCCACAGACACUCCUAGUAUCAAAUCAGAGAAAGAAUAUGAUCGAAGAAGAGAUUCAAGAGAUUCAAAUGCAUCAGGACCCAAAGAGAAUUCUUCUAACAGAAAAUCAAUGCCACAAAGAGACAAACCUCCCAAAUCGAAAGUUAGCUCUGUUGCAGCAUGGGAUUCCCCACUAAUAGAUGAGGACAGCGGCUCUAGACGGGGUCGUCGACGAGCUAACACUUCAACACCACCAGCAACGACUCCAGCAAAACGGAGACGCAUGUGACAUUCACACACACACUCAUACCACCACUUCUUCUGACACACAGAGCGCCCGUGGAACCGCCAGGCGCGGGCGAGACGGAACCAUGCUGUCUUUGUGUUUUUUCAGGGCCGUAUUUAGAGGUCUCGAGUUUUUAAACAAAAGGAUUGGAGCCCCAAUUUUUUUUCAAUCGAGUUUUUUAAUAA